GUUAAAUUAGACCGAAUAUAUGAACUUACUGCGCUACCAAAUAAUUUUACUGGUGCAGUUUUUGUUAAUAUUAUAUGAUAUGUUUGCCAAUGCAUGCUCUGAAUUGUUUAGUCACGUUAAUGUUAAUCUUUCGGUUAUAUAUGUUGUUCAGGACCUAUGUAUACUUUUCUGUAGUUUGAUUUUUUGCCUACUUCUGUCUAGCACGUUCGUUUUUCAAGCGGGAUAUAUAAAUCUUCUUUUGUCACAAUUCAAAGAUGCUAUACUCGUUUCAUUGUGCUAUCUGAUUUUGAGUAUUUCUUUACAUUGCUGGGGAGCGACAUCGAGAUGGAACGAUCCUGCUAAGAUGCCAUCUUCAGUCGGAUACCAAAUACUCUAUGCUUUUCAGAGGACAUGGUCAGUAUUAUACUACUUUUUUUACAAGAGAACAAUUUAUCGACUAGGAGAUUCUAGAUAUUAUGAAGACUGUGAAUGGAUAAAGAAACGAAUCGAGAAUAAUUCUUGAAGAUAAGAAAAAUCAUUAUUUAUAUUUGAAAACUGCAUGCUUCUGACUAUCUUUGUGUAGCAAACAACAUCUUAAAUAAAUGAUUUCAUGUGCAAAUUAGUUUACCUAAAAUUAUCCAAAAGAAUGUUAAAGAUACUUUAGUUUUUAAUUUAGCCCUUUUACUUGCCGGUUUCUCUCAAUAUUUUUU